AUGAAUUUUUUUCAAGGAGCCAUGGCGAUAGCUAAAUCAUUACGACUCAUUCUGGAAAGUAUACCAGGUGUUAAUACGAUAUUUCUCACCGAUCGCGAUGGAGUCAUAGUGCUAAGUGUAGGUGAGGAGCUUCGGUCAAGGGCGUCAUUGAUAUCAAGUCUGCAAGGCACUCAAGAUCAAACUGGGAAACUUCUUUUUGGUCCUCAUAUUUCCUCAAUAUUUUUCUACGAGAGUAGCCAGCUGGUCAUUUUGAAUGUUCCACCAUUGAUGGCAUUCAUCGUUGCAUCACCAACUGCUAGCACUGGUAGCAUCCUCAAGCUACGAGAGCAGCUGGAACCUUUGUUGCAAGAUAUCGAGAGCAUUGUUCCUGACAUGCCUGGAGGUGAGGAGCUUCGGUCAAGGGCGUCAUUGAUAUCAAGUUUGCAAGGCACUCAAGAUCAAACUGGGAAACUUCUUUUUGGUCCUCAUAUUUCCUCAAUAUUCUUCUACGAGAGUAGCCAGCUGGUCAUUUUGAAUGUUCCACCAUUGAUGGCAUUCAUCGUUGCAUCACCAACUGCUAGCACUGGUAGCAUCCUCAAACUACGAGAGCAGCUGGAACCUUUGUUGCAAGAUAUCGAGAGCAUUGUUCCUGACAUGCCUGGAGGAAACAAUACCGCGUGA